AUGCCUGGAAAACCUCGGCAUCUCUGCGCAGAAAAAGAUGACCUUUUGUGGCAGAAGCUCGAGGAGGAGAGCGACGAAUGGUACGAAUCAGUUCGAACCGCUGAGAAACGCCGUCAAGUCGGGAACUUCAUAUGGCAAUAUAAAGACGCUAAACCGACGUUGAUGCACCCCGUACUCCGAGCCCAGCUUGCGCUCCAGUAUAACGACGUAGCGGAGGACGAUGGUGACGUCUGUGAUAAAUUCGUUGCGCGCAGCCUAUUUCGGAGGCUUAUCGAUUCACAUACCUUCGAGUCAGAUCAAGAAUGCCCCACGGGCGAUUUCCGGCUGUUUUCGGAGGAUCUUAGACCGGCCAAUGUCCUCGUGGACGAAAACCUCAAAGUCGUUGGGGUCAUAGACUGGGAGUUUGCCUACAUGGCGCCAGCAGAAUUUACUUUCGACCCGCCCUGGUGGCUGCUCCUUCUCGAGGCAAAAGAUUGGCCUGGCGGGUAUGGCGAGUGGAUCAAGGCCUACGAGCCCCGGUUUCACACUUUUCUUCGUGUGCUUGAAGUGGAAGAGAAGAAAAUCGGGACAAACGGCGUCUUGUCGUCGUCUGACCCUGAUGGGGGCAUGUCCACCCUGCCACUCUCCCAGAGGAUGAGGAUGAGCUGGAAAGAGAAGACCUGGUUGAUCAAUUACGCGGUGUUAGAUAGCUGGGGGUUUGACUUUAUCUGGUGGAAGUUCUUAGAUGAGCGAUUCUAUGGGCCAAACGAAGAUCAAGACCACCGUUCUAGGCUACAUCUACUCUCGGAACCGCAGACCACGGCAAUGUGCGACCUAGUCGCAACCAAGGCGCAUGAGCGGUUGGAUAGAAAGAUUUUCGAAUGGGAUGAGGGUCUGGCGUUUACUCGUCUUCGUAGCCUACAGUAG